AUACAUAUGAAGCUGGAACCCUAACUGUAGGGGAAGUUCGCCUAACGCCGGACGGCACCUAUUGCCGGACACAACAAAUAUCUAUACAUAUAGAAACGCGACAGAAAACGCUAUAGUGGCAAAAGGAGAAAGGGAGGGAGUAAUAACCUUGGACCUAGCGACACGCUUUUGCGACACGCAGUAAACAAAUAGGAACUAUCAAUCGUUGCGCUCGGAAGAAAAAAAUUGUACUGCGUAAAUUUUAGAAGAGUAUAUUAUCAAAACUCUUGUGAUUAAAUAUUGACUUAUAUUUUUAUUAAGUAAUUUGAAAAACCUAGGAGGCAUUAUGGAGAAUAAAAAGAAAGGAUCAUGGGAUAAGGAUAAUUUGAAAACUGCUCUUGAUAAAGUUUUGUCAAAAAAAAUGGGACUGAGAGAAGCUGCGCUAAAGUAUAGUAUUCCUAAAAGCACUUUACAUGACAAAAUAACCUGCCUAAAGUCCGGUGAAGAAAUUGCAUUGCAGCCUAAGCUUGGUAGAUUCACCAAAACAUUCCUACCAGAAUAUGAAGAACAAUUAUUGAACCAUGUAAAAGACUUAUCUAAUCGAUGUUUGCCACUUAUGAAAAAAGAAUUUUUAAAGUUGGCAUAUGACUUAGCUGUAGAGCUAAAGCUUCCUCAUCGCUUCAACACUGAAAAAAGAACAGCUGGUAAACAUUUUUACUAUGAUUUUAUGGCUAGACAUCCUGAUUUAUCACUAAGAACACCCGAGUCUACGAGUAUGAUGCGAGCUGUAGGUUUUAAUAAGCCGCAGGUAGAUUUGUUCUUCUCAAAUCUUGAAAAACUCAUGAAUCAAUAUAAUUUUCCUCCUUCUAACAUAUAUAAUUGUGACGAAACGGGAGUUAGCUGCGUACAAAAACAUCAAAAAGUUUUAGCUCCAAAAGCUGUACGCCAAGUAGGAAAGCUUACUUCAGCUGAAAGAGGCAAGAACAUUACAAUCAUGUUUUGCAUGAGUGCUAAUGGAUAUUUCAUACCACCGUUUUUUAUCUUUCCAAGAAUGAAAAUGAAUGAACGCCUUAUGAUUAAUGCUCCCUCACAGAGUGAAGGUGUCGCUCAACCAAAAGGUUGGAUGAAUAGUGACUUUUUCUGUCAAUGGUUAAAACAUUUUGAGAAAUUCUCACAUCCUUCAAAAGAAUCACCUGUGCUUCUUCUCCUAGAUGGUCAUAGCAGCCAUAAAUCAUUGGAUGUCAUAAAUUUUUGUAGAGAACAUAACAUUCACUUAAUUAGUUCACCACCGCACACAACUCACAAAUUGCAACCUCUUGAUAGAACUUUUAUGAAGCCCUUCAAAAAUGCUUACCAUGAGCGAUGUGACAUGUGGAUGAGAGCAAACGCAGGAGCACGAAUAACUGAUUAUGAUAUUGCAGGCCUUGUUGGUGAAGCGUUCACAAAAGUAGCUCGAUUAGACAUUGCGGUGUCUGGUUUUAAAUGCACAGGAAUUUAUCCGUUUGAUAAAAAUAUAUUUUCAGAUAUUGAUUAUCUACCAAGUGAUAUGACAAACGUUCCAUUAGAAGAAAUAAGGACUCAGACCGCUCCUGUAGCUUCCAAAGUCUUAGAUGCUGUUCCUGUUCGUGACACACAAAUGACAAAAGAAAUCCAUCCGUCUACUAGUUCUGUUCCAGAUAUUUCCAAAAAUUUAUUGAAGUUAUCCCCGUUUCCCGAUGCUGCAAAGAAGCGUUCCGAAGCAAGGAAGAGAAAAUCCGAAAAAAGUCAAAUUCUCACUUCAUCUCCGUAUAAAAUAUUAGUUGAAGAAAAAGAGAAUGAAAGAAAAGGUAAAAAAGCAAAGAAGAGCCUUGAAGAGCUAUAUAAAGAAACUAAUUUACCUGAUAAGAAAAAAAGAAACAAAGCACCGAAAACAAACAGCAGUGGCACAUUUAUCCGGGCCUGA